UGCCAUGCCUACAUCACUAGGAACGGCAAAUGUCAAAGGCCUAAAUCAAGAAGUGUUUGUUUAGGAAAUAAAUCCACAACUUAGGAACGAAAAAACACACUAUUUAUUGAAUUAAAUACAGUUGAGUGUGGUCAAAUUUAUAGUGAGAUUUUAAUCUGACUUAGAAGACACGGAUCAAGGUAAAUUGUCUUAAUUUGAUAAACAAAGAAGGGACUAGCAUUCUAAGAUGGGUUGUUCCGCUUCGCAACAAGCGCAACAUGUGCAACAACCCCAUGCUAAUGGCUCUGCAAAACCUCCCAUGCACCCGAACCAACCAAUGCAACAAUCUCCUCCACAACAGCAAGCUCCUCUACAGCAACAACCUCCUCCACAGCAACAGCCUCCUCCACAGCAACAGGCACCACCACAGCAGCAAGCUCCUCCACAGCAACAACCACCUCCACAGCAACAACCUCCUCAACAGCAAAGGCCCCCUCCACAAGCUCCCUCAGGGCAAGAGAUUCCCCCUGAAGGACCACCACAGCCACCAAGAAACCCAGCUCCUGUGCCAGUGUCACAGCCAGCACAAGAAGAACCAGCAGCGAAUCUCUUGACACCACCGCCUGAAGGUGACAACAAUAAUGAAGAUGACAAGGUCGAGGUGAAGAUCAGUGAAGAGCAGCUUGCUGAGUUUAAAAAGCUUCAUCUUGAAAUAAGAGAAAUCGAGAAGACUCAAGACGAGACUCGCCUCGGCAUGAAUCAGACUCAGCUGAGCAGCUUGCAAAAAGCACUGCAGAAUGCAGAGGCGACUCUUACACAGCUUCGACAAAACACCGCUAAGGAGGAGCAAGACGUUGUGGGAUUCAACAUUGCGCAGUACAUGAUGCGCAACAACAUGUCGAUGAUGUCACCAGAGGAUGCACUUAAAAAGGAGCAGCAAGAGUAUAUUGAUGCAAAGAAUAAACAAGAUGUUGCAGAGAAGCAGGUCGAGGGACUGCACAACCAAAUCAAUCAACUAAGCAGUGAAAUCGAGGCUCAGCAAAAGCAAGUGACGCGACUGAAGGAUCUGCGUACGAAGCUUGAUGGCCUACUUGAAAACAUUUUCAACGAUGAAUAUGGAAGUGAACUGGAAAUGAAGCUUGAACUGGAAUCCGAGCAACUCCUACAGGUGAAGCAGCACAUAAGCAUUGCCCACUACAAAUGGCAUAAUGGCCGAAACCUUAUACACCAUGCCUGCUUGCAGCUUGCGUUUGCGAAAAGAAGAUGGGAGCAGUUGAAAGGCGUUAACCCUAAUCACCUUCAGGCCAAGUAUCAAAUGGUAGUCGAAGUGCGAAGCAACCUAAUCGCAGCUCAUCAAAAUAUCGAGCAAACAAGAGAAUACUUGAAGGCUAAACUCUACUACUUCACUCCGGAGGAUUCCAAGAAUCUGCUAGGAUCAAUUAACUCGAUCUUUCUUGAUGUCCUCACCCUGCCAGCAUUUGAAAAAGCACUCGCAUGGUACAAAUACUACCACUACAAGUCGGCAUUGCUUCUGAACUGGAUGACUCAGACCAUAAACGACAGAAUUGUUAAGGACCACAAAGACGUUUCGAGAAAGUUCCACAUGAAGUACCAGGAACUCAGGGCAGAGCGCCUCCGUUGCAUCCAAGAGAGAGCAAAAAAAGAUCUUGACAUUGACCUCGAUAUCAAAGAGCUUGAAUCUGAGGAUACUGAGGAACGAAUCAAUCUUGAUCUUGAUGCCUCGAAAUCAAACAUGGCUUUGACUGUGGAAAAAACUGCUGCCUCUACUGAAGACGAGGCCAGUGAAGAGCCAGCACCACCGCCACCUGAGGAGGAGAGAGAUGCAAUGGAGGUGCCGGAACCACCUGAAAAGCCGGCAGACCAAGAUGAAUCAGGCCCCCCGGCACAGGAAGCAGUACCCCUAUCAGAGCUUGCACCACCCCCGUCUUCGGAAGAGUUGUUCGGUGAUAUAGCCCAAUUGAAAGAUGAACAUAAACAACAGUUGGAGGAGUUUGAGAAAGCCCAGUCCUUGAACAAAGCAAGAAUGGAUCAAGGGUUACAGGAGAAGCUGCGCAGGCGGAAGAGCAAAAGACGGAAGGAGAUGUUGGAAGCAGAGCAGUCUUCUGAACAUUCAAAGAAAAUGGUGACAGUCGCUGCGGAGGAGCCAAUAACUGCUACGGAGGAGACAGGCUUGGGUGGCGAUGGAAACCCUGACAUGAGGAACGAAGAUCUGAUAUAAAGUGACGUCACCAGCACAACCUGAUGUUGCUAUUGGUAACCAGUUUUCAUGAGACUUAUGUAGCAAACAUUUGCAAUAACGUUAGCCAUAGAACUGUAAAUAUUUCGUCGCUGUAAAUACAUCUGUAAGUAUGUUGGUGUUGCUCCGCAACACAUAUAAACAGAUAGCCAAAUAUCCAUCCUCCCUCCCAUUUUCCUUGCAUCCUUGCUCCCCUAUUCUCAGCCAUGCAUCCCUUUGUUCUUUUACCCUUCAUUUCCCUUAAUUUCGCUUCCAUUCCUUUUAACUCCUUCCCUUUUGUAUACAUUUCAUCCAUCUCCAACGUUCCUUUAUUCCACUUUUCUUCGUCUUUUCAACUUUUCCUUACCCAAAAUUUCUGUCAACCAAACCCUAUCACCCUAAUAGUAUGCCCCAUGCACCCUUGGUCUGCUUCCUCAAGCCAGCCUAUUCUCUCACUUUAAAACCUAUCCUCCUCAAAAAUUGCUUAUUUAUAGCUCCUCUUUAUACAUUAAAAUACUAUAAUUUGUCAAUCUACUUCGUGACGUUUAUCGCUUAAUUUGUAGUUUUCGUAGAUAUUCUAGAAUAUGCUAGAUUGUUGAGCUUUAGACAAACAGGUGAUUUGAGUUUUUCACCUACCAUUAAAGACUCCUUUGACCCAGAUUAGUAGCUGACCCAACAUUUCAAAAAGAAUUUGACCUGACAUGAUAAUCACUAUUCAAUCCAACUUGACAAUCAAUCUUUGACAGGAGAAUAAACAGGAGCAUUUGUAGCAAUUUCUUCUACAAUAUUAGGAGCUAACGUGACAGUAGGCCGAAGAGACAUUCAUUCUUAGACCCGACAUGACAACAUAAGGCCCUAUCUCUAUGACUUAACCCGACAUGACAUUCAGAAUCCGAUCCGACGCGAAUAUCAGUAGUUAACCAAACAUCCCAAGUAGGACCAACAUGAGAGUCAGGACUGGACCCAAAAUUAUGACCACGUUUAGGCCUACUGUUUCUAUCCAGCGAGGGUACCAAAUUGAGUGUCUACUAAAAUGCAAAGUUUUCAACUCCUAAAUAGAGCUGAGAAUGAACGAAUGAAAUAGAUCGAUAUUGUCAAUAAAAUUAUUCUCGGACCUUUUUCAUUUUCCAACGAUGGCUCUACAUUCGAAAUGAACAUACUGUUAUGAAAUGACCGCCUGUCAUUUGAAAAGUAGUAACGGCAUAUUCCGAUUUAAGUAUAGACAAAUAAAUGGCUUCACACAGGUCGCUUUGCUGCAAAUUUUAAAUACAUUUUCAUUUAGCAGGGUUAGUUGCCGAUUCACAGCUAUUAAUCGUAGUUUUAGUAGUUAAAUAUCAAUUAGCUAUGUUGUAGUAGAAGUGUUGGGUAUUUUAGGGAUUUUUCUGGAAAAAUAUUAAGUAACAAAGGAUGACGUCACAAAAUUUGUCUUAGAAUUUUCCAAUUUGGACCUCAUUAUUUGAAAAAUCUUCAUGAGAUACAUUAAAACCUGCUUAGAGGCUCUUGCGCAACCGGCAUGCUUAGCGGCAGUUGCCUUGAGAAAUUGACUGAAAUUGAUCCCAUGGUAAAAAUUGUUUUGUGUUCUCAUGGCGCAGCACGAUCUUAGGCCGGUUUUUUUUAAUUAUAGCCGAAAAGCAUGCCGGUUGCGCAAGAGCCUUUAAUCACUUGAAUAUGCUACAAUUUGGCUGAGAUAUGGCCACAUAAGCAUAGGCCCUUUCCCCAUCAAUUCUCUGUAAUUUGGUCUUUAUUCAUAACUUUAUGAACCAGGCCAGAAUAACAAUGAUUCGCAACUAGGAGCCCGUUCUUUGACUUGCUACAUCUCAGUCGACAUACAACAUAUACAUAACUGAUUUUGCUCAUUAAGAAACAUUUCAUGAUGUUCUUCUAGGUUAUGCGAUCAAAUGUGAAGUAUUCUAAAAGUAGAUUUUUGUGACGUCACAAAUUGGCACACCGUAGGUUGUCGUUGUCGAUAGCCAGCUUUAUCUUGUAAAUAACUGCUGAUUCGAUCAAUUCCGUUAGUAUUUUAAUUAUACAAGGCUGAUAGUCUCGGAGGCUGUUUAGGAACAGUUUAUUUAUGGGACCACAACUACUGUAUAAAGGCCCAUGCUUAAAAGCUGCCCCUUCUGUUUUGAUUAAGCGGGAAGGUCAGUUUAAUUAUUUUUAAAAGUUACCGCAAAUCAUUUUGGGGGUACUGAACCCACAAUAAUAUUAUCACGCAAUUUGGUCCAUAUUUCUUACCAUAAUAUUACGCAAUUUGGUCCAGAUUUUCCACAGCUCUACACGAGAUUACCCCUUGUAAGUUGUAAAUAUUUAUAUUAGGUUGAAUAUAAUUAAUUUUGGGAAUCAUUAAUACUGUAUAAUUGUAUUGCCUGUUAUCUGCACCCGAAACAGGGUGAAUGUUAAAAUUGCACCAAAAACCUCGUUGGGCAAUUUUCAGUAUUUCUCUGCUAUGAUUACAGGAAUUUCUGAGUUUAUGAUUGAGUGUUCGAGUUUAUCAUAUCUUACCAUAAUUAGUUUGUCAAAUCAGCCUUUUC